AUGUCAACGGCUUCCACCAGCACUUCAGCUGCUGCUGAUCACGAGCCGGAAUGGCUAGCAACGCUCCGGCCUCACAACGCCGACUGCAUUCGGCGCCUGCUCUCGCUGCCUGCUGCGCCGAGCUUCGACCACGUUCCGAAACGCAAGCAAGCGGCGGUUGCGGCCAUCCUGUACGAAUCGUGCGAUCAGAUACGGGUGAUCAUGUCGACUCGAGCACUGCACCUCCGCUCGCACCCGGGACAGGCCUCACUGCCGGGGGGAAAAGUCGACGCUUCCGACGCCAACGUGGUGCAGACAGCCUUGCGCGAGAGUGUCGAGGAAAUCGCACUUCCGGCAGAUCAAGCCGUGCAUCUGCAUACCGGCUAUCCGUUUCUGAGCAAGAUGGGAUUGCUCGUCCACCCGGUUGUCUUCUUCCUGCGGAAUGGAGCGCAGAUCCUGCCGAACUUGGUUGCAUCACCGUCGGAAGUGGCUGACAUUUGGUCGACUGCGUUGGAAGCGUUCCUCUCAUCCACCGCUCCUCCAGAAGCGGUGCUUUCGGAUCCAGCCAGCGUCGACAAACACAGACCCGCACAAGAAGCGUUUCGAACGUACACGGAUAUCCCUUGGUUAGCAAGCGUCUAUAGGCUGCAUAGGUUCCGAUCGAGUCACCAGCUGAUCAAAGGAUUGACCGCCGACGUGCUCAUCAGCGUCGCGCAAAAGGCAUAUGGCAGGAACGCAAGGUACAAGGUCGAGGCUGAGGGUCAGAGGAGUUGGGAGCAGAUGGUGGAGUUGGUCGUCAACAGGUAUAUGGGUCCGGUGAGAGCGGAACAGCGCUGGGGUGACGGCGAGAGUGGAGAUGCUCAGGGAAGUUCUGAAGCGUUUGGCACUCAGAUCGGUGUAGAUGAAGAUGACUACAAGGAGCAGUUGCAAGAGGAUGUAAGUGUUUGA